UGCAAAGAGCAGAAAAUGUCUCUCAACGUUCACAAAAUCAGAUCUCCAGCAUUUCAAUUACACCAUGUAUUGAUGAAGCAUUACUCAGUCGCAGUGUCGAAAGGAACAGCCAAGGCAAGCGAGUUGUUUUCCGACGAACAACGCAGACAGCGUGAAAAUGUUGGCCGUAUCGAGAAAAUUGAAGUACGAUACCUUGGCUUGCCGCACGAUACAACGCUCGUGAUGAAUCGUGAACUUUCCACACCGUACGAUUGUGCCCGACAUAUUGGCGAAAAGUACUCCCAACAGUCAGCCCUGGCACUGCUGGACAACAAAACACCGUGGGACAUGCGACGACCACUUCGCGAUUCCUGUACGCUGCAACUGCUCAACUUUACCUCGCCCGAACCACACAUCGCAAACAAAGCGUUCUGGCGAUCCUGUUCCUUCCUGCUUGGUGCCGUUUUGCAGGCCAGCUUUAAACCGGAAGCGGCACUCUUCUUACACAGCUUUCCCAAACCAAACAUAAAAACCGGCAGCUUCGUGCAUGAUAUUGUGCUGGCGGAGGAGAACUGGAAUCCAACCGUGGCCGAGCUGCGUGCACUGUCGAUCGAAAUGAUAAAACUGUCGCAGAAAAAUCUUCCCAUCGAACGACUGGACGUUAGUAGCGAACUGGCGCUGGAAAUGUUCCACGAUAAUCCGUACAAGCGAGAGCAGAUACCGAGCGUAGCCGCCCAGAACAAUGGACUGGUGACGGUGUAUCGGGUGGGUGAGCAUGUGGACAUCAGCAAAGGGCCGAUGAUGGGUUGUAGCGGUUUGCUCGGUCGGUGUACGAUCUCGAUAGCGCAUCCAAUUAAGGAAGGAAGUGAAAGUGGGAAGCAUUUCUAUCGCAUGCAAGGGGUGGCACUUCCGGCUGCACUGCGCGUCGGCCACUUUGCGUACAACAUACUGGAAAAUCGUUCGAGAAAGCUGAAUCCAGCGAAAUUGCCGAAUGAACCAUUUGAAGAUGCGAUCGCAGAACAAGUAGCGUAAAGAGUACGUUAACGUUAAAGUUAGAAUGAUAAAAUGGGAAAUAUAA